CGCGUGCGCUCACGGGGCUCGUGACGUUCCGGUGCUAACCGACGGGAGUCGGGAGAGGAGAGCGUUACUACACCGAGAAGAAGCAGAGCGAGUGCGGCAGUACACCAGAGGGACGCUGGACAAGGAAGAAGUGGCCAGUCCCUUAACAUAUUAAGGCAAAACCUGGGAAAACGAGAGCUUGUUGUUUUUCUCCUCAGUCAGUGAGUGUGUUUAUAGAUGAAACCGGAGCAUGUCACUAUGACAACGUUUGGACUUUACACAGUAGCCUUCUUCUUCAUCUCAGUAACGUUAGGCGCUGCUCUGGAGAUAUAAUAAUCGCAGUAGUCGCGUAGGACUGUCAGUUGUCAAGCCUUGAAGAAGAAGCCGUAGAAGACAGUCAUGGAUCAGAGACUUGCUACAAUGAUCAGCUAGCGUCUUGUGUGCCCAUUCUUCAAGAUUAGAGGAGAAAGCGGAGACCGCACACCUGGAGCAGAAUGGAUUUGAGUAGCAUCAGGAAGCUCAUCACUCGAUACUGUACAGGAGAGGAGAGCUGGGUGGACAGCAGGACGGUUUAUAUUGGACAUAAAGAGCCUCCACCAGGAACAGAAGCGUACAUUCCACAGAGAUUUCCUGACAACAGAAUUGUAUCCUCAAAGUAUACUUUCUGGAAUUUUAUACCGAAGAAUCUCUUUGAGCAGUUCAGAAGAAUCGCCAAUUUCUAUUUUCUGAUCAUCUUUCUAGUGCAGCUGAUCAUUGACACACCUACCAGUCCUACGACCAGCGGUCUGCCUCUUUUCUUUGUCAUCACGGUCACAGCCAUUAAACAGGGCUAUGAGGACUGGAUCAGGCACAAAGCGGACAAUGCUAUAAACCAAUGUCCAGUCCACGUCAUCCAGCAUGGCAAAGUCGUACGCAAACAGAGUCAAAAGCUACGGGUGGGUGAUAUUGUCCAGGUUAAAGAGAAUGAGACAUUUCCAUGUGACCUCAUACUGCUCUCCACCAGUCGAGAAGAUGGAACAUGUUUCGUCACGACAGCCAGCUUAGAUGGAGAGUCCAGCCAUAAGACCUAUUAUGCAGUUCAGGACACAAAGGCAUUCAAAACAGCGGAGGAGGUGGACACACUACACGCUACGAUAGAAUGCGAGCAACCCCAGCCAGACCUGUACAAAUUUGUGGGACGCAUCAAUAUUUAUUUGGAUCGAGACGAGCCCAUCGCGAGACCCCUGGGUUCUGAGAACCUGCUGCUACGUGGAGCCACACUGAAAAACACUGAAUACAUACAUGCUGUGGCCAUCUAUACGGGCAUGGAAACCAAGAUGGCCCUCAACUACCAAUCCAAGUCUCAGAAACGCUCCGCUGUUGAAAAGUCUAUGAACGCCUACCUGAUUGUUUACCUCUGCAUUCUGAUCAGUAAAGCUCUGAUCAAUACUGUCCUGAAGUAUGCCUGGCAGGCCAACCCAAACAGAGAUGAGCCCUGGUACAACCAGAAAACUGAGACUGAGAGGCAACGGCAUGUAUUAAUCCGGGCAUUCACAGAUUUCCUUGCCUUCAUGGUUCUGUUCAACUACAUCAUUCCUGUGUCCAUGUAUGUGACUGUGGAGAUGCAGAAGUUCCUUGGCUCGUACUUCAUCCUGUGGGACGAUGACAUGUUUGAUGAGGAGCUCGGAGAGGGACCGCUCGUCAAUACCUCAGAUCUUAAUGAAGAACUUGGACAGGUGGAAUAUGUCUUCACAGACAAGACUGGCACUUUGACAGAAAAUAACAUGGAGUUGAGGGAAUGUUGUGUGGAUGGGCAUGUUUACGUGCCACAUGCCGUCUGUAACGGGCAGAUCUUACCUGGAGCUGCCGGAAUGGAUAUGAUCGACUCCUCUCCGGGCGUAGAUGGAAAGGAGCGAGAGGAGCUGUUUUUCCGUGCGCUGUGCCUCUGUCACACAGUCCAGGUGAAGGAAGAGGAGACGGUGGAUGGCAUUAAGAGAGGAAUCCAUCAGGGCAAAUCCACCUCCUUCUACAUCUCCUCCUCUCCAGAUGAGGUUGCGCUGGUGGAGGGCAUGAACAGGUUGGGCUUCACCUAUCUCCGUCUGAAGGACAGUCACAUGGAGAUCCUCAACAGAGAGGAUGAGAUGGAGAGAUUUGAGCUGUUGGAGGUGUUGAACUUUGAUUCAGUGAGGAGGAGAAUGAGUGUUAUCGUAAGAUCAAGCUCAGGAGAGUACUAUUUGUUCUGUAAAGGUGCGGAUUCUUCUAUUUUUCCACGGGUGGUUUCUGGAAAGGUGGAGCAGAUCAGAGCGCGAGUAGAGCACAACGCUGUGGAGGGAUUACGGACUCUUUGUGUUGCUUAUAAGAAGCUGACUCAUGAGGAGUAUGAGGAAACGUGCCGUCUCCUCAACAGCGCUAAACUAGCUCUGCAGGAGCGUGACAAGAAACUGGCUGAAGUUUAUGAUGUCAUCGAAAAGGAUUUCAUCCUGCUGGGAGCCACGGCUGUGGAAGAUAGGCUGCAGGAUAAAGCAGCCGACACCAUUGAGUCCCUGCACAAGGCUGGUAUGAAGGUUUGGGUCCUCACAGGGGACAAAAUGGAGACGGCAGCAGCCACAUGCUAUGCUAGCAGGUUGUUCCAUCGCAAUACACAAAUCCUGGAACUGACAACCAAGCGGACAGAGGAGCAGAGUCUCCACGACGUCCUGUUCGAUCUGAGCAGAACUGUCCUGAGACAGCAUGGCAGCAUUACCAGGGACACUUUCUCAGGGCUCUCAGGUGAUUGCCAAGACUAUGGUCUGAUAAUCGAUGGGGCGACACUGUCAGCUGUUCUGAAGCCAACACAGGAAGGAACCAGCAACGGAGGGAACUAUAAGGAGAUUUUCCUGGAAAUCUGCAGGAACUGCAGUGCUGUUCUCUGCUGUCGCAUGGCACCCUUACAAAAAGCACAGAUUGUUAAGCUGAUAAAAGCAUCAAAAGAACACCCCAUCACGCUGGCCAUCGGGGACGGAGCCAAUGAUGUCAGCAUGAUUCUGGAAGCUCACGUGGGCAUAGGGAUCAUGGGUAAAGAGGGGCGUCAGGCGGCCCGUAACAGCGACUAUGCAGUUACCAAGUUCAAACACCUGAAGAAGAUGCUGCUGGUGCACGGACACUACUACUACAUCAGGAUCGCUGAGCUGGUCCAGUACUUCUUCUAUAAGAAUGUGUGCUUCAUCUUCCCUCAGUUUCUCUAUCAGUUCUUUUGUGGCUUCUCUCAGCAGCCACUGUAUGACACGGCAUAUCUGACCCUGUACAAUAUCAGCUUUACCUCAUUACCCAUCCUCCUCUACAGUCUGAUGGAGCAGCACAUCAACAUGGACAUCCUCAAACGGGACCCUACUCUCUACAGAGAUAUUGCCAAGAAUUCCCUCCUGAGAUGGCCCACCUUCAUCUACUGGACAUUUCUGGGGAUUUUUGAUGCCGUGGUCUUCUUCUUUGGUGCUUUCUUCCUUUUCGACAACACAACCUUCACCAGCAACGGACAGCUAAUGGCCACCAACACACAGAUGGUAAGCCUGUCCCUAUCUGUUUCUCAUCCUAUUUUUAGUUUUAGUUUUACUGUUACCCUCCUCAACCCCUCCCCUCACCCUAAAGCCACUCCCACUCACAAAGUGUCUACUAACACUAAAUGUUCACUGCCAUCGACGGCAGCAGCCACAUGCUAUGCUAGCAGGUUGUUCCAUCGCAAUACACAAAUCCUGGAACUGACAACCAAGCGGACAGAGGAGCAGAGUCUCCACGACGUCCUGUUCGAUCUGAGCAGAACUGUCCUGAGACAGCAUGGCAGCAUUACCAGGGACACUUUCUCAGGGCUCUCAGGUGAUUGCCAAGACUAUGGUCUGAUAAUCGAUGGGGCGACACUGUCAGCUGUUCUGAAGCCAACACAGGAAGGAACCAGCAACGGAGGGAACUAUAAGGAGAUUUUCCUGGAAAUCUGCAGGAACUGCAGUGCUGUUCUCUGCUGUCGCAUGGCACCCUUACAAAAAGCACAGAUUGUUAAGCUGAUAAAAGCAUCAAAAGAACACCCCAUCACGCUGGCCAUCGGGGACGGAGCCAAUGAUGUCAGCAUGAUUCUGGAAGCUCACGUGGGCAUAGGGAUCAUGGGUAAAGAGGGGCGUCAGGCGGCCCGUAACAGCGACUAUGCAAUUACCAAGUUCAAACACCUGAAGAAGAUGCUGCUGGUUCACGGGCACUACUACUACAUCAGAAUUGCUGAGCUGGUCCAGUACUUCUUCUAUAAGAAUGUGUGCUUCAUCUUCCCUCAGUUUCUCUAUCAGUUCUUUUGUGGCUUCUCUCAGCAGCCACUGUAUGACACGGCAUAUCUGACCCUGUACAAUAUCAGCUUUACCUCAUUACCCAUCCUCCUCUACAGUCUGAUGGAGCAGCACAUCAACAUGGACAUCCUCAAACGGGACCCUACUCUCUACAGAGAUAUUGCCAAGAAUUCCCUCCUGAGAUGGCCCACCUUCAUCUACUGGACAUUUCUGGGGAUUUUUGAUGCCGUGGUCUUCUUCUUUGGUGCUUUCUUCCUUUUCGACAACACAACCUUCACCAGCAACGGACAGAUGUUUGGAAACUGGACCUUUGGAACACUUGUAUUCACCGUCCUGGUGUUCACGGUCACGCUAAAGCUUGCCCUGGACACACAUUACUGGACGUGGAUCAACCACUUUGUCAUAUGGGGGUCACUGCUUUUCUAUGUCAUCUUCUCCCUCCUGUGGGGAGGCAUCAUUUGGCCUUUCCUGAACUAUCAGAGGAUGUACUAUGUGUUCAUGCAGAUGUUGUCCAGCGGUCCUGCAUGGCUCAGUAUCAUUCUGCUGAUUAUAGUCAGUCUGCUGCCUGAUGUGGUGAAGAAAGUGUUGUGUAGAGCUCUUUGGCCCACCACCACAGAGAGAAUACAGAAUGCCGAUAAGUUGUAUAAGGGCCACCUGUCCGAGUUCACCCCCCUGUCCUCCCUCCAUGCUCCACCUGUGCGGAAACACGACAGACAUGGCAACGAACACCAGAACCACACCCAUCACAGGUCUGACUCCUCCCCUCCCAAAAAACUGAUGUGUACCUACUGGAGGGGCAGGCCUGACUACUGCACCUUCAGCUCCUUCCUCCGAAUAGGAGAAAACCCUAGAUUCUCUGGGGCAGCUUACGCCUACAGCGCACCGGGACCUGAGACGUCCGUAUAACAGUCUCGGGCCAUAUGAAAGAAAUAGUCUACUUAUCCAAUCAAAUUAGCCCUUGAUUAUUCCAGAGUCAAGAUUGGGACACAAUCUUGGCUUGUUACAUUUUAUCUGAAACAAAAGCACUGAAAGGCGGUUUUAUGGUAUACGCUAAUGGGCUAGGGAUGCUGUGUGUUCAUUUAGAAGCCAAACUGAAUUGGCUGCACCAUUUGGGAGUGUGGCGUACUGCGCUUAGCAGCCUUGGGACCUAUUUACCUUGUUUUUGUGUGUACGUUUAAAUGUGAGAGUGUGUUCCCUUUACACUGUGGGUUUACGUGUUCGCUCACCUACCCUAGUAAAUCCUUCAUGUGAAAAAUUACUUGAAACCUACAC